CUUUCUUCUACCAUAUCCACCUGACAAGUCCCUAUCUCUCUCAAGAUAUUCAAGGAACACAAGGAAGAAAUGGCUCACAUUGUAGCUCCUCGAUGUUUGCAGAUCAUGCUUCUAUGUCUUCUUAUCACUUCACCUCUAGAUGUUAUAGCUCAGGGAGGACAAGGUGAUAUACCAGUUGUUAAUCCUACUUCUCCAGGUGGUGAUACCACUACACCAACCAUAACCCAACCAUCACCACCUUCCUCAACAUUCCCAGGUCCAAUCACAAACCCAAAUCCACCAAGCGGUGGCUAUCCACCGCUUGAUGGUACAACACCAACCGGGGGUGGUUAUCCACCCCUUGGUGGUACCACACCACCCGUUGGUGGCGGCUAUCCACCACUUGAUGGUACAACACCAACAGGUGGUGGUGCACCUGGUGGAGGUGGAGGUGGUGACACUGGUCCAGGUGCUCCUGGUGGAGGCGGAGGUGGUGACACUGGUGCAGGUGGCGGUGGUGGUGCUGCACCUGGUGGAGGAGGUGGUGGUGACACUAGUGGAGGUGGCGGUGGUGGUGGUGGUAGUGGUGGUAGUGGUCAAUGGUGUAUAGCAAAAGCCAAUGCUUCGCCAACAUCAUUACAGGUGGCUUUAGAUUACGCUUGUGGGUAUGGAGGAGCAGAUUGUGGCCAGAUCCAACAAGGUGCAAGUUGUUACCAGCCAAACACUAUCCAUGAUCAUGCUUCAUUUGCUUUCAAUAGUUAUUACCAAAAGCAUCCUGGUUCCGACAGCUGCAAUUUUGGAGGGGCUGCACAACUUACCAGCACAGAUCCAAGUAAAGGAAGCUGUCGCUUCUCAGCAUCAUCAGGAACAGUUAGCACAAGCCCACCAAGUCAACCGAGUCCACCAGAUUUUAAUUCACCACCUUCUACUUCUACAUUCCCACCGCCAAUAACAACUCCACCAACUACAGGCAUACCUGGUUCUGGACCACCCUUCGGCGUAGCAGAGCCAACAGGGCUUCCAAGCUCAGCAACUCAUGUGUCACAUAGCUUCCUGUCAAUAUUUACAGCAGUUGUGACACUAGUGCCACUGCUCAGGCAAUAUUAUCUUUAAAACAGAUAAAGGGUCUCAGGGUCAAUUUCAAUCAUUCUCUGCAAAUUACGAAGCCGUGAUCAGCAAGAAGAUUUAUAGUCCAAGACCUUUACUCUCAUCAUCAUCUGUUCUAUUGCUAUAGUUCAUAAAUUUAUAUUUAUUUAGUAGGAGAUAUUACAAAAAUCAAAGGGGCUUAGAUUAUUAUUAUUAUAAAACAUUCUUGUAGACACGUUGAGAGUAAUGUAUCUUUACACAGUUUUAGAGAAUAAAAAAAAUACUUUAGAGACAUCGGAGCAG